CUCUUCGAUCAUUCAGUGAGCGCACACUGGACACUAGCCGAGGAGUAGGGUUGAUCGGAGCGUUCUGAUCUCACAACGGCAGUCAAAUACACAAGUUUAUUGCCCAAUUUCUGGAACCGUGACGUCAAAAUAAAAAAAAUCGACAGUUGACACUGCUGACUUUCACUCUUUCCAAGUUUGCCGUCCAACCCGGAUUCACGACAAAACGUUGAUCUCCUGCUUACAUUGAUUAUAAUUUCUGCAGAAAAUGGAAACCUAUAGAACACACAUUGUCAUGUGGACUGUCCUGUGGUUAGUAGAAGUCUUCCUGUGUGCCUCAGCCCAUUUGGAGCCGCUCCAAGCUAUUGUGGGACAAAACGUCCUCCUGCAAUGCCCCUGCAAGAAGAGAAACGAGAGAAUGGACAUGAAAUGGCAGUUAGAAGACCAUACCACCGUGCUUCACCACAGUGGAAGUCAUAACACCACAAACAUCGGGGAGGGAUAUCAAAACAGGGUCAAUCUCUUUCAGAAUGAAGAUAAGGACAACUGUUCCCUGCUCCUCUCAGGCAUCACUGUCGCAGACAAUGGGAUGUACAAAUGCUUCUUUCAAACCGAGACUUUGGUCUACAUUCACAUCACUCUGCAUGUGAUUGCCAGCUACAGUGUCUGUAUGUACCAGGUACUAGACCAGGCUCCGAUGGGUUCCGGAUGGGAAGAGAGGUUCGGGGUGUACCAGUGUAAAGCCAACGGGGGAUACCCAAAGGGCCAGAUUCACUGGAAGAUGGGUGGACAUCCUCUGGUGAACACCUCCAGGAGGGAUGAGACCCACCUGGAUAACUCUACAGGACUAUACAGUCUGACCAGCAUCCUGACCAUGGAUCGGAGUCAGGGUGAAAAACUGCAGUGUAUGGUGGAGAACACAGACCAGGCAUCUAAACUCAACUCCACCUGCAAGGAAAAGCCUGUAUACAUUAGAGAGAGUCCAUUGGGGAGUCCUGAUAAAGUAGCAGUAGCAGCAGGUGUGUCUGUCAGCGUGGUUGUGAUGCUUGUUGCGGGAGUCCUGCUGGUGAUCUUCUUACUGACUAGAUGUCACCGCCGUGAAACGUCAACGAAGCAGAGCGACACAGAGGAUAGAAGCGUGACCCAGCAGUUGAACAUGUAUGAACACUGAGUGUGUGGAGCAUCUUCUCCCUCUGAUACAACAAUCUCUCCUCAAAUGACGGACGACAAAAUGGAGGGAUGGUGACUUGCAACAAGACAAACUUAAACUUAAAAUAAUGCCUGUGUUCAAAGUAGCAUUGUGGAGCAGCAUUGAGCAAUGUAUUGUAAUGUCAUGUCUGAACCAUAUUCUGUGGCAGGAAGUGAAAGAAGUGGAGAACAGCAUGAUGGGAGAAAUGACUGGUCAAUGGACUGAACAUGAGCCGAACUCAGUAAAUGAAAUCCCAAUAAAUAAAGUAGACCUAAGGCAGCCUGUAUAUUAUAGAGUUGACUAACUACAGGUGCAUUCACAUUUCUAAGAAGAGAAGCAGAUGAUACAGGACUACUAUAGUUAACAGCCAUCAUGGAAACUCUUGUUACAUACAUCUACCGCAUGUUCCUGGUGUUACCCAUUUGAAUCAUGUUGAUAAUUCAGGUUGAUAAUUCAUGUUGAUAAUUCGCUUUCAUGUACAGCAGUCAUUUCACCAUUUAAAUAUGAAUUUAAUUAUCUGAAUAAUGUGAAGAAUUUGACAUGAUCAAUGUUUUCAUUGCUGCUUAUUAUUAUUAUGUAGCUUGCUGUGAAACAAGCAUGUCAUGGAAUGACUAAAUCAAAAGAUUAGUAACACUUUGGUCCAGGGUCCGUUUUGUUGUAUUAUUAACCAUAUUGGUUAAGCUUACAACACAGGAAGAGCUGAUCGGAAAUCAGGGAAAUAAAAUGACUUUUUAUAGGUCUUGUCCCGAGGGACUAAUACAAGUUUCACAUCUGUGUUCAUAUUUAUUUUGUGAGAGAAAAAAACUACAGACAUUAUACAAAUACAUUAUCCGCCCACCUCUCCCCUUUCCACCCACAUGACCUGCUUAUUUGAGUACAAAUAUCAAAGUAGUGAUUUUAAACUGUUAAUUGUUGGAGUCCAUAUGUUGAUACUUGGUUGCCUGGGUGUUAGGUGCAGUGAAGUUAGUCAUCAUUAAGCAGUAAGAGAUUGGCAAGACAAGGGAUUGGUUUAGAUAAAAUGCUUGAUAAUGAUGAAGACAGAUUGCCAAAAGGAGAACAAUCUGUUUUAGUACUUUUAUACCACUCAUAUUUUAUGCUGUAAGUGACAAUACUGGCUGUUUUUCUGUGUGGGAAAGUAUUGUUCAGUUGUUUUUAUGUGUUUGUACUGUUGGAAAGUAGCUGAAAUUCUCUGUCCUCUUCCUUCUUGGUGUUUCUUUUUCAAAUAAACUAUGUACUGUGAAUAUGAAAUGAGAUAAACCCUAUAUUAAAUGCCAUAAUAAACCCUAUAUUAAAUGCCAUAAUAAACCCUAUAUUAAACGCCAUAAUAAACCCUAUAUUAAAUGCCAUAAUAAACGCUAUAUUAAAUGCCAUAAUAAACGCUAUAUUAAAUGCCAUAAUAAACCCUAUAUUAAAUGCCAUAAUAAACGCUAUAUUAAAUGCCAUAAUAAACGCUAUAUUAAAUGCCAUAAUAAACCCUAUAUUAAAUGCCAUAAUAAACGCUAUAUUAAAUGCCAUAAUAAACCCUAUAAUAAAUGCCAUAAUAAACGCUAUAUUAAAUGCCAUAAUAAACGCUAUAUUAAAUGCCAUAAUAAACCCUAUAUUAAAUGCCAUAAUAAACGCUAUAUUAAAUGCCAUAAUAAACGCUAUAUUAAAUGCCAUAAUAAACGCUAUAUUAAAUGGCAUAAUAAACCCUAUAUUAAAUGCCAUAAUAAACGCUAUAUUAAAUACCAUAAUAAACCCUAUAUUAAAUGCCAUAAUAAACCCUAUAUUAAAUGCCAUAAUAAACCCUAUAUUAAAGCACAGCAUUGAUUGUCACUGCUACGCAGAUGAUACACAGCCUCACAUUUCUGCGUCACCAGAGAAUUCUAGCUCCACGGAUACAUUAUUAGACUGUUUUAGUGAGUUAAAUAACUUCCUCCAGCUAAAUCGAGACAAAAACCUAGGUACUUAUUGUUGGAGCCAAAGCACAGCGAGAGAAUCUAGCAGCAUAUUUUAAUUCACAGGCAAUAAAGAUAAAACAAAAGGUAAAAAAAACCUAAGUGUUAUUUUUAUAUUCUGAAGUCAAUUUCGAAUCACACAUUAGGAAUGCGACCAAAAUUGCUUUUUACCAGGAACAUUUUGAGGUGUGGAUGUUUCUCUCUCAGGCUGAUACAGAGAGACUCGUCCAUGCUUUUAUUACAUUCAGGUUUGACUACUGUAUUGCUCUCCUGUCUGGUCUACCCAAGAAAGCCAUUGGUCAACUGCAGAACAUACAGAAUGCUGCAGCAUGGGUACUGACCAAGAUCAGACGGAGAGCACACAUUUCAUAGGUUUUAAGGUCUCUGUACUGGCUGCCUGUGAGUUCUGUAAUGCACAUUGCAUUGCAGUCCAUGUCUGAAAUGUUCUGUAUAAAAAAGCUUGAUUUGAUUAAAUGUCAAAAUAAACGCAAUAUUAAAUGC